AGGCAGUCCUGAGUGGAGAGGCAGGCCAAGGGGACGCCCACGGAGUUCGUAACUUGAGCAAGUCCAUAGAUCCUGCCGGAAGGUACUCGGGGUGGGAAGGGGGCCUGCAUGGAGACACGCCCGUAGGGACCCCCGGGCUUGGCGUCGUAGGGUGGGCGAGGCGACGCGUUCCCCGGCGUAUCCCCCACUGAUUGAUUGACUGUUCUUUUCUCAAGGGACGCAAGCAUGAUUUGUCAGCCCGUACAAGGCGGCCAAACACUCGGUCUUGGUCACGGGCAGGAGGAGGUGGUGGUGCAGGUGCUGUUGAACGCAUUCUCGGCCGAAAGGAAGAUACUAACCAGCCGCCUAAAAUACUGGAAGAGAGAACGAUAAUAUAAGGGCACAAAGAAAGGAAGACCAAGUUGUCAGACCCAAGAAGCGGAGGUCAGAGGUCUGCGGAGGAGGUCUACAGAAACAGACGACCCUCACUGAGCUGUCGUGAUGCCCGCCGCCUCCCCGCUGCCGCCCGCCGUGCCCCGCCGUGGGCGCGGCGAGUGACGGGCGGCCGUCCCCUGCUGCCCGGGUGGGGGUGGUGUGGCUGAGGGCGCGGCGGCAUGCGUGAGGGCCGCCCCCGUGCCCCCCGCCCCCCUGCCGCCAGCCUCGGCAUGCCUCGCGGGGCCUCGCUGCUCAGGUGGACCUCCUGCGUCUUCAUCAUCCUCACAGGUUGUGCAUCAAGCUCCUUAGAUGACACAAGGUCUCAAGGGGAAACCAAUAAAAGCUACAAGUCAGCCAGCAACAACUUGACUGGCUCCUCCCAACCUCUGCCCCGGCUCCCACCCACGCCAGAAAACUGCUCAGAUCACUCACAACUUGGGCCUUUUGAUUGUCCAGAAAAUCUUCCAUGUCAUGCACUGAGCAAAGAAUGUUUGAAAUGUGACUUCAACUGCACCUGUGUGUAUGGCCAAGAGGUGAGCGUCACCUGCAGACCAAAGAGGAGCUGUGAGGGUAAACAGGAGAUCACCGUGCAGAUGGUUUGCCGGUACUGCUACCAGACAGCACAUUGGGAGCACACGUGCCAUGGCAAUGACCAGUGCCAUGCAGUUCACUCACCCAGAGAAACGUUUACAUCCAACUGUACCGUGAAUAGUGACGUGCUGUGCCUGGGCAAUCGAGUGUUCCGUAAAAAACUGUACUGCAACUGGACCUCUGGGUACAAAUGGUCCACAGCGCUGCUGCUCUCCAUCACCCUGGGAGGAUUUGGGGCUGACAGAUUCUACCUCGGCCAUUGGCAAGAAGGAAUAGGAAAGCUGUUCAGCUUUGGUGGCCUUGGAGUGUGGACGAUCAUUGAUGUCAUUCUAAUAGCUAUUCGCUACCUGGGACCUGCAGAUCAUUCGUUAUACAUAUGAAACAACUAUUAGCAG